ACCCCACUAAUCCCAAGGCCCCAAUCAAUUGCUUCCAUUGAGAGGGAGAGAAUAGUCUCUUUUUCUUGCCGCUCCUCGCGAUCCGAUCUCGAUGGCGAACUCGACGGCCCCGCCGAUCUCCACGCAAGUCGCCCACCCGUCGCCGUCCUUCCGGCUACGCUCCGAGAGCCUCAACAGCCUCCGCCUCCGGCGCGUGUUCGACCUCUUCGACCGGAACGGCGACGGCGAGAUCACGAUCGAGGAGAUCUGCCAGGCCCUCGACCGCCUCGGCCUCGGCGCCGACCCCGCCGAGCUCACCUCCACCGUCACCGCUUACAUCCGCCCCGGCGCCGCCGGCCUCGCCUUCGACGACUUCCAGUCCCUCCACCGCACCCUCGGCGACGCCCUCUUCGGCGACCCACCCUCCGGUGGCGAGGCCGCCGAGGAGGAGGACAUGCUGGAGGCCUUCAACGUGUUCGAUGAGAACGGCGACGGCUUCAUCUCCGCCAAGGAGCUCCAGAUCGUUCUCGACAAGCUCGGCCUCCCCGACGGCCAGAGCAUCGACCGGGUCCACCAGAUGAUCUGCUCCGUGGACCGCGAUCGCGAUGGACUGGUGGAUUUCUCCGAGUUCAAGCACAUGAUGCGCACCAUCACCGUCCAGUCCAACUAAUCGAUUAGUAUUAAUAUAGCCAACUCCUUCUAAUUCAAGCUUAGCGUUAAUGUAUCGUAUGUUAUUUAGGUAUGCUUGUUUUGAUGCUUUGACCAGUCAAUCGGAAGGGUGGAAAUUUAUUAUGUUAAUAAUUUUGCUAUUAACAUCAUUGUGUCCGGACAAAAUUGGACACGUGGUGGCGACGUUUGUUAUGUUUUGGAUAAAAAUGACUGAUUGGUAUCGGUUAAUUUUGCUUUUAUUUUUUAUUGUUUAAGUUAAUCAUUGUGUUAAAACAAAAUGUGGUGCAUUAGAUUUAAACGAGGUAGGAUGUGAAAGCUUA